UGUCGCAAAACACUAUGUUUGAGAUACCUGUGGAGAAGUAUUGUUUUCUUCUGCGUCUCCUUUUGUUUGACAGAUUUGUAGCAAAUAUUUGCCAUUAAUAUAAAGCAAAUCUUGCUUUACUCUCGCUUUGUUUGUUCUAUCAAGCUUCAUCAUGGUCGCAGUUUUAGAUAUACAGAGUGUUUGGUCGUCUUCUCGUGCUGUUCAAGUUGCUGUGGGAGUAGGUGUAGUGGUGGUAGUUACUGGAGCUCUUGUUAAGAGGUACUUUGGAGGAGGGGUGUGCACUAGCAAGGCUAGACUGGAUGGUAGGACAGUGAUUGUAACAGGUGCAAAUACCGGAAUCGGCAGAGAAACUGCUCUUGACUUGGCUGCAAGAGGAGCUAGAGUCAUUCUGGCCUGUAGAAAUGAAAAAAAGGCUUUAGAUACAGCAAGAGAGAUCAUCAACAAGACAAAGAGCCAUCAAGUCUUGGUCAGAAAGCUAGAUAUGUCAUCCUUUGAAUCAGUCAGAAAAUUUGCUGCUGAAUUCCUCAAGGAGGAAGAGAGGCUGGACAUACUAGUAAACAAUGCUGGUCUGUUUACAGUAAAUUAUGAACUGACGGAAGAUGGAUUUGAGAGCACAAUUCAAGUCAACUACCUAAGCCAGUUCCUUCUGACUCUUUUGUUGCUCAAGAAGUUGAAGUGCAGUUCUCCAAGCCGUGUUGUAAAUGUAUCAUCUGUGGUCCAUACCAAUCUUCCUACUGAUAUGGCAUCUGAUGCCUAUUCAUGGGCAAAGUGUUCUGAAAAAGACUUUGAUGGAGGAAAGAUGUAUGGCUGGUCAAAGUUACAACAGAUUCUUUUUACAAAAGAAUUGACCAAACGGCUUGCUGGAACUAGUGUGACUGUCAAUGCACUUCACCCUGGUAUAGUAAAGACAGAAAUAGGACGAAACAUCUCCAUCUUCCAAAACAUCAUAUUCAGGAUGAUAAUCAAAAUUCCUGUAUUCCUGUUUAUGAAGACACCCAAACAAGGAGCACAGACCACCAUCCAUUGUGCUGUUGAUGAAAGUCUUGAAGGUGUUAGUGGAUUGUAUUUUUCAGAUUGCAAGCCAAUGCAGCCAGGCAAACUAGCAGAAGAUGAAGAACUGGCGRCACGACUUUGGGACGUCAGUGAGGAACUUACAGGAAUUAAAUGRGAGGAAGUCAACACUGCAUAGACACAUGUUUUAACAAUAGUUAUAGCAUUGAACCACAAUGGCAGUAAUUAUCGAGCCAAAUGGUCGAAGCAGCAAGAACUUGAUUAUGACUUUGAUGAAGAUCAUUAAACUUUUAAUUGUCAUGUUUUGAUGUUGUCAAACACCAUCCUCAGAAAGUGAAGCACAAGUAGGAUGCCGUUUGACAAUGUCGAAACAUGUGAAUUAAAAGUUUAAUGAUCUUUAUCAAAGUCAUAAUGGUAGUAAUAUAGUCAUAGUGAUGAUGAUGAUGAUGAUGAUGAUGAUAUUAUUCAUGUAGGGAUCUAAUGAA